GUGGACUGGCAGGCUAAGAAGUACAAGCGACACAGAGCCCACCAUUGGUUGUCCCGACUGCCGAAGCUGGCAGGCAGUGGCGACAGGGAAGGACCGUACGGACGGACCUUGGUGGUGGAAAUACUGACAGAACCUGGGCGGAAACCAAGGGAAAUAACGUUUUUAUUGGCGGUUUGGAUUUUCCAAACAGACCAAAACGCCGCUAACGUUGAGUGUUAGCUGGAAGUUUUCUGGCUGGUGCCGUGAUGUGGUGACACGACUCCACCGAAUAGUCGGGAAGCUAACGUUAGCUGAUGCUAACGCUACUUGAUAAAUGAAUCAUUUCAGCAGAGCUUUCAAGACCCAUUUCGGGAUUUUAGCAUUUUAAAUAAUGUAAGAUACAUUGUUAUGAUAAAUUAAAUUAUGUUGUGUACUUUUAUACGAAAUAAUGCUAACGCUUCAAUGACUGCCUGACGUUAUUUAAGCUAAAAUAGCGUAGCAAAUAUAAGCUUCCUAGCUGGCUAGUAGCUAACAAUGGCUAGCAGUCGACUUUAAACUGUCGUCAAGCCAAAGAAUCCUCUGUCAAAUUAGCUAAACCGAUUAAAGGCUACAUAUUUUUCCACGCCAUUUAACUGCAUCAGUUAGUGUUCACUAGUUGUAUAUGAGUCAAACUUUAUAUCUGAGGAUGGUCGUUCGUUUUGAGAUGCAAAUAUGAACGCUUCAUUCCAGAAUUCAGAUAUGCAAUCGUCGAAUCACCAGCUUACUUAUUGCUAGUUUGCUAACGCAGAGUUAGCCAGCCAAACUUGGAAUACUGCCCCCUACUCACUUUGUGAGUUUCGCUUUGAGGCCUUUAGGAAAUCAACAUUUUUUUUUUUUUUUUUACACCAAGAGGACCCUUUCACUGCCUUAAUGCAUUCCUGCCUCCGAAUGGAAUUUCUAUGUUUUUGAAUGAUUCUGGAAAUGUGUGAAGCUUGACACGGCUGUAAUCCACAGUUGGAGUAAUCUGCAAUUUGUUGAUGUUUACUUCAUCAUAAAAUAACGUGGAUUUACGAAGGAAUUUGGAUUCAUAAUAUUCUUCCAAGAUGAUGUGCGAAGUGAUGCCAACCAUCAGUGAGGCAGAAGGGCCUGGUGGUGGAAGUGGCAACGGCCGCCGGGGCUCUGGCUCCCCACUGCAGUCAGACUCAGAGGGUCACUUUGAGUCAUUGAUGGUGUCCAUGCUGGAGGAGAGGGAUCGUCUUCUCGAGACUCUGAGAGAGACUCAGGAGAAUCUGGGCCUGACGCAGAGCAAACUGCAUGAAGUUAGCCAUGAAAGGGACUCACUACAGAGACAACUUAACACUGCUUUGCCACAGGAAUUUGCUGCACUAACAAAGGAGGUGAACAUGUGCCGAGAGCAACUUCUGGAGAAAGAGGAGGAGAUUGCAGAGCUAAAGGCUGAGAGAAACAACACACGGCUCCUGCUAGAGCACCUGGAGUGCCUGGUGUCUCGCCAUGAGCGUAGUCUGAGGAUGACAGUGGUGAAGCGGCAGGCUCAAUCUCCAGCAGGCGUCUCGAGUGAGGUGGAGGUCCUCAAAGCCCUAAAGUCACUUUUUGAACACCAUAAAGCCCUUGACGAGAAGGUUAGGGAGCGACUUCGCGUUGCCUUGGAACGAUGCAGCGCAUUGGAGGAACAGCUCACCAUCUCACACAAAGAACUGGCGUACCUCAGGGAGCAGAACAGUCAGAAGAGAGGGCUGGCAGACGGAACCAGCGAGGUUAACCACAACUCAGAAAACACACCGAGCACUAAUGGCAAGCGGUCAUCGGACGGUUCGCUGAGUCAGGAAGAAGAGUCUGCACCUGGAUUUGGUAAGGUUGGUGAGCUCCAGGAGGUAGUGGACCGUCAGACAGCUGAUUUGGGCCAAAUGAAGGAGCGCAUGGCUGCUAUGGCAUCACGCAUUACUGAGCUGGAGGAGGACCUGGACACAGCCCGAAAGGACCUCAUUAAGUCUGAAGACAUGAACACAAGACUACAGAGAGACCUCAGAGAGUCUAUGGCUCAGAAGGAAGAUAUGGAGGAGAGGAUUACUACUCUGGAGAAGCGCUACCUUGCAGCUCAGCGAGAGGCUACCUCUGUCCACGACCUUAACGACAAGCUGGAAAAUGAAGUGGCCAAUAAAGACUCCCUCUACAGACAAACUGAAGAGAGAAACCGGCAGCUUCAGGAGAAGCUGGAAGUGGCUGAGCAGAAGCUGCAGCAGACCAUCCGCAAGGCAGAGACACUCCCAGAGGUGGAAGCUGAGUUAGCCCAGAGAGUUGCUGCCCUCACAAAGGCAGAGGAACGCCAUGGCAAUGUUGAGGAGAGACUGAAGCAGUUGGAGGCCCAGCUUGAGGAAAAGAACCAGGAACUGCUCAGGGCACGGCAGCGUGAGAAGAUGAAUGAGGAGCAUAACAAGCGCCUGUCUGAGACAGUGGAUAAGCUCCUGUCAGAGUCCAACGAGAGACUUCAGCUUCACCUCAAAGAGAGGAUGUCUGCCCUGGAGGAUAAGAACACACUGAUAAGAGAACUGGAGCACACCAAAAAAUUAAUUGAGGAGUCUCACCAUGAGAAAGAGCAGCUCUUAAUCCAAAUUGAGACUAUGAGGGCAGAGAAUGAGCAGGGACGGAGCAGGAGCAACUCUCUACUACAUGGGCGGUCUCAGCUGGAAGGCACCCCAGAUUUCAGAUAUCCAGUGUCCGCCUCCUUGAUGAUGGACAGUAACUCAGACCAUUAUGGUGGUGCUCUCGUCCUGAGACGGCCUCAGAAAGGACGUGUGGCAGCGCUCCGGGACGAACCAUCCAAGGUGCAGACUUUGAAUGAGCAGGAGUGGGAGCGCAUGCAGCAGGCUAAUGUGCUGGCAAAUGUGGCACAAGCCUUUGAGAGCGACAUGGACGCCUCAGACCUGGAGGAAGAUCGAGAGACAGUUUUCAGCUCAGUGGACCUGCUGUCCCCUGCUGGCCAGGCUGAUGCACAGACCCUUGCCUUAAUGCUGCAGGAGCAGCUGGAUGCUAUCAACAAUGAAAUCAGAAUGAUCCAAGAGGAGAAGGAGAGCACAGCUAUUCGAGCAGAGGAGAUAGAGUGCCGGGUCAGCAGUGGCGACAGCCUUGGAGGACAUUUCCGCUCCAUGAGCUCCAUCCCUCCGUCACUCUGUGCUGGCUCUUCGCUGGGCAGCUCUCCACCCGGUUCCGGCCACUCCACCCCGAGACGCAUUCCCCACAGCCCCAACAGAGAACUGGAUCGAAUGGGUGUCAUGACCUUGCCUAGUGACCUGCGCAAGCACCGCAGGAAGCAGUCUGCCCAAGAUGACAAGGCCACUAUUCAUUGUGAGACGUCACCCCCCACUACUCCACGCUCAAUGCGACUGAACAGGGAUGUGGGCCAUGCUGCCAGUCAUGAGGACAUCAGAGACAUCCGAGGUCUGCAGGAUGGACAGUGUAGUAACCCAAGCAGUAGCAACAGCAGCCAAGACUCUCUCAACAAAGCAGCCAAGAAGAAGAGUAUUAAGUCUUCCAUUGGACGCCUCUUUGGGAAGAAAGAGAAAGGUCGACCCAGCAUUCCUGGCAAGGACUCCUCCAGCCAAGCUGGCACUCCUGAGGCGGAGAGCUCUCAAAAGGAUGGCUUAGGUGUGGGCACCCUUGGGGGCCCUGUGGAGAAGAACAGGAAACUACAGAAGAAGCAUGAAUUACUGGAAGAGGCUCGGAGACAGGGCCUGCCAUUUGCCCAGUGGGAUGGACCGACUGUUGUGGUUUGGCUAGAGCUAUGGGUGGGCAUGCCAGCCUGGUAUGUGGCUGCAUGUCGUGCUAAUGUGAAGAGUGGAGCCAUCAUGUCAGCGUUGUCGGACACAGAGAUCCAAAGGGAGAUUGGAAUCAGCAACCCACUGCAUCGCCUGAAGCUUCGUUUGGCCAUCCAGGAAAUCAUGUCUCUCACCAGCCCUUCAGCCCCACCAACCUCCAGAACGACCACAGGAAACGUUUGGGUCACACAUGAAGAAAUGGAAAGUUUGGCAGCCACACCUCCCACGGAGGAUGACAAGGGUAGCUGGGCCCAGACUUUGGCGUAUGGAGACAUGAACCACGAGUGGAUCGGUAACGAGUGGCUGCCCAGCCUGGGUUUGCCACAGUACCGCUCCUACUUCAUGGAGUCACUGGUAGACGCCCGCAUGCUUGACCACCUCACCAAGAAGGAUCUUAGGGGACAGCUUAAGAUGGUCGACAGCUUCCACAGGAACAGCUUUCAGUGUGGUGUGAUGUGUCUAAGGAGGCUCAACUAUGACAGGAAGGAGCUGGAGAGGAGGAGGGAGGACUCCCAGCUGGAGCUGGCAGAUGUGCUGGUGUGGAGUAAUGAGCGCGUGAUCAGUUGGGUUCAGUCCAUUGGGCUCAAAGAGUACAGCAGCAACCUUUAUGAGAGUGGAGUUCACGGCGCGCUGCUCGCCCUCGAUGAAACCUUUGACCACAACACCCUGGCCCUGCUGCUGCAGAUCCCCACUCAGAACACACAGGCCCGAGCAACUCUGGAGCGCGAAUACAACGGUCUGCUGGCAAUGGGCACAGACAGGAGGAUGGAAGAGGAUGAUGAUAAGAACUUCCGCCGUGCUCCUUCAUGGAGAAAGAAGUUCAGGCCCAAAGACAUGAGGGGGAUGGCCUUGGGUGCAUCAGAUACCCUGCCUGCCAACUUCCGAGUUACCAGCACUGGUGCAGCAUCUCCCUCCACACAGCCAAAGAGGAGCCCGAUGGAUGGAAGUCAGUCUAUACAGAGGCUGGACACUGCCACAGUCAGGACCUACUCUUGUUAACGCAAUGUUUAUCCUCAUUAUUUCUAUAGGUAACCGCUGGUCAGAAGAUGAAGGGAAAUUCCCCGUAUUCAAGACCAGAAUGAUGAACUGAAAUGACGUGCAAGGACACAAAAGAUAUUUUGCUUCUUGCUGACAUCACAGAGAAAGACUUUACUCACUAAUCUCAGUAUCCCUAGAGGAACUUUUCUAGAUUUAUCUGCAUUUCUUAUCAUAUAUUUAUGUCAACAAUGGGACGUUUAAUUGAUUUUAGAAUUUCUGUGUAACCCCUUUUUGCCGCUGUCCCUUAAUCAACCCACUUUAUAAAAAGAAAGAAAGCAACAUUUCUCCACUGUGCCCAUAUUAAGCUCAGCUCUCAGAUGUAUGUAACUGAAUGUUUCAAUAGUCUGGAGUUUGUAUAUUUCUACCAACAGACAUUUUAUCUAAUCUUUUUUUAUAAUCCUGAUUCUAUUGAACAGAUGUAUAAUUUUUGUUUCCUAUCUUUGAUUUGAAUUCUAAUCAAUGAAUUAAUGCUCAAGUGACUUGGAUAUGUGCUAUAACUUAAUUCAUAUCUUUGCCCUUUUUUAAUUGUUGUAAUAUUAGUAGCUUAUUACUUGUGAUAUUGUGUAAAUGCAGCUCUUAGGUCAGUAGAUGUGUGAAUAUCAGAGAAACUGCUGGAGUUAUUGCACCGUUUCACAAACUGCUCAACACUGUGAGUCCUUCAGUGCCGUCAAAAUAACUGCUGGCAAGCCAGGCGGCCAUGACCACAGAUAUCAUGUGAAACACAUCAUAUUUCUCUUGUCUCUUGUUUAUUUUCCAUAUCUGCGAUACCAAAAUGAAACUCUUAAAUUAAAGAAUUAAAGCCAUAUAACGGUAGCAGGAGAAAAAAAGAGGGCUACUUUUGGAUGCAAGUAAAAACAGAUUUCCAGGUUCUCUGUAGUUUACUUUGCAUGCAGAAUCCACUCCACUUAUACCCCCCGCCCACCCACCCACCCAUCCAUCCGAUUAUCCCUUUAACAAAACCUUCCUCACCUUUGGAGGAAUGGUCACUCGUAGGAGGACUUCAAACAAGUGUGCAGAUGAUUCCAAAGCGUGGAAACUACUUCAAUGGACCAACUUCACUGAGGCCUCAGUCGAUCCCCGCUGUCACCAGAUAACCCUGAAGGUGGUGCGAUCCACCGCCAACCUUUUUUAAAAACACUUUGUACGAAGAUCUUAUAUUAAGCCUUACUGUUUAACUCUUUGUCGUCUCUUCUUAUUUAUUAUUACUCCUCCAUGUUUUGUGUCGUCAGUGAUGCUUCCAGAGCUACGUCUGAGUGUUGCAGUGCUUCUUGUGUCUAAGUUUGUCCCAUCUACACUCACAACACAGGUUCCAGCAUUGGUCUUCAUGGCAAAUGAGUUGGAACUGUAGACUUUUCUUUUCACUCUACAUGUAGUUGAGGCUGACAUUAGAAAUGUUUUUUGUUUAUUUAGUCAUUUAUGCACAAUGCAAAUCCUGUUGCUGUUUUUAUUCCUGCUCUUCCCAUUGAAUCUCCUGAUCUUGUAACAAUGAUGUACAGUCUGAGUACUUAUAAACUAUUUUUAUCACAGUAUUAUUUAUUGCUUACUUUCAAUAAAAUACUGAAAGCUAUUUUCCACUGCAG